UCUGACUCGUUUACGGAGUGUUCAAUCGUCAGCAUUGUAUUUGUUUAUUGUAUUAUCAGAAUCUUUGUUCUGCAAAAAUGGAGGACAAACUAGUUUGCGACGACCCGCAAUUUAUCACCAUGCUGGACACGCUUCUGCAAGUGGAGGUCGAGGCAGCAAAGAAGACGCUGCACUCUCUCGACACCGAGGUGAAGGAAAUCAAAAAGAAGACGAAGCAGCAAUGGCGGAUGAGAAAGGAGCUGAACGAAGGAAUUAAGAACACGAACGAGAAUAUUAUUGUUCUGACCGUCAGCUUGAACAAACAAAGGAAGUACAACGAUGAACUAUUGAAUAAAAUCGAAUUGACGAAGCUGAACUUGAACGACGAGUACAAAGUUAGAAAGUCGGAGUUCGAAGAGCAAGAGACGAUUCUGAAAGAGUACGAGAACGCUUGGAAAGAUUACCAUGCGCAAUACGAGGAGUAUCCGUUGGCGAAGGUCAGAAAGACCGCGCGAAUGGAGUUGAGGAAACUUGAAGUCGAACGAGCAGUGAUCGAUCAGAAAAUUAUCGAGCUGAGGAAAAUGUCCAGGCAAAAGCAGCAAAUCGGCUGGAUGAGAUUGCGCGGGAAACUCGUGGAGCUCGCCCGCACCGUUUUAGAAAAUAUGGCGCUCGAUCGCCGGUUGGAAGAGUUGCUUGAGAACAUCAAGUGUCGCACGCAGGAAUUGAACGCGAUCGAAGAAGAGGUAUCCGAAAUAUUUUCAUUUUUUUUCUAUUAAUUUCUUCGUUA